AUGCCUCUCACAGGAGUCUUUUUCAUAUCUUCAAAUCCAAAUGCCUCCACGGCCCUGGCUACAAUAACAGAGCGCAUUAGCUCUAAAUUCGCCGACGAGUCAACACCCGUCGCACGCUGGGCCCUCGAGCACAAAUUGAUGCGAGACACUCCGUCAUGUAUACCAUCAUCAGGAACUAAAAGACCUACGGCUCCAAAAUACAUGCAAUUUCUUUCCCUGGCACAUUAUCCCACCCAUGGAUUCGUAUACGCUUCACAGCCACCAGAUGGGACUGGCCAUGGCUCAGCAGCAGCGACAGCGACUCCUACCCCAUCGAGCUCACAAUCCUCGCAGCCUGCACAUGUUACAACACCAAUGACUAUGACAACCGUCCCGCUUCCAUCUACCAACGCACUAUAUCAGCAUUUCGUACAUGCCUGCCAACCCUUCUGGUGCCCCAGACACACAACUGUUGUGCCAAACGGCAUGGUCUAUGAAAUCGGCGACUUCCGCGUUCGUGUCGGCGAUGUACGACAAACGCAACCGACUGCGCGGGUGCGAGGAACAGUCGUUGAAAUAGAAUGGCGGGGCCCAUCCCUGGUUAGCACGCUAUCAGGAUUGUAUCAGUCAAGAAGGCAGAAAAAAGCAAGCGCAACGCAUCCCUAUACAUGGGGCCAGGGAGAGAAUGACGACGAUGAUUCCGGCAUUGAUAUGGCUUUUCCCGAUGCCGUGGAGGAAUCAGAUAUCGAUGCGGAGUAUGCCGCCACUGCAUCUUUGAUUAGGGAGUUUUGGGCAAAAUUGGAGCUCGAAGGGGCUAGAGAGGCUAUUCUUGUGCCUGAUGUGGGGAAGGAAGUCAAAGAGCAGCUGCGGAAGCUGAAGCAGGAAAACAAGCAGAAUGCUAACCAGAAAAGGAACGAGGAUGCGAAUGGGCAGCAAAUGGAUGAAGAUCCUGAUCCGAAUGCCGGUGUUGAUGUCGCGAGGCAGUUCAUGGAAAUUCUUAGAUUUAACCGAUGA